AUGCUCUUCGUUUCGAUGUCGGAGUUGCAGGCGCGCGGUACAGCGCAGUGCAGUCUGGGUAGGUGUUUAACAUUUCUGAUUUCUGGAAUGUGUCCCUGUAGGUUUACCCUUCUUACACAGUUGUCUACUCCCUUUUACUCCGGCAGGGAGAUUGCAUUCGUGCGGGACUUGUACAGGCGCUACGGUCCCACCAGCUCUCACCCAGAUCCUAGGUACGCCGACUUCACCUAUUACUACGCCGGUUACUACAUCCAUUCAUGCCAAAAGAUGCGCUACAAGGCCCUCUUCUCGCCCUCGGACCUAGCCUGUCCUGAAACAUAUCACUGGGUGCCUGUGGAACGCUGUGUCCCCCUGCUGGACAAACACCGCUACGCGCGUUUUUCUGACGGCGGCGAGAAGGACGAGGACUCCGUGGAGGCUCUGUCUGACACGCAACUGCUCUCCCGGCUGCAGUGUCUCCUGCCCCGCACGGACUCCCUGCUGCAGUGCCUAUCCGCGCGCAGUUAUUCAUACUGGUCAGAGGACGGGGACUCCGCGGAGGGGCCUCCACGCAUCCUGCUAUCUGUGCGUUCCGCCUCUCGGGUGCUGACCGACCGGGCCGUUAGUCAGGCCCUGCAGUGGGCCCGUCUGGUCGGCAAGCUCUGCCUAGACGGACGCAUAAAGAUCAACUUUGGGAACUAG